UGUGUAACCAACACGGAAGGAAAACAGACGUUUCUCGCCUAGCCUAGCGCGUGCGGCGAAAGUGACAAUUUCGGCGACAAUUUGAUAAGUGACAGUGACGCCCUGUGAUGCGAUUCCGAACCCUAUUAGGGUGGAUGUAAUAAAUACAUUAUUGCUUUACAAGUGUCGGCUUCGCAAUGGGGAUUCUAGAGAAGAUUUCGGAAAUUGAAAAAGAGAUCGCGCGCACACAGAAGAAUAAAGCUACCGAGUACCAUCUGGGGUUGCUGAAAGCGAAGCUCGCCAAAUACAGGUCCCAGCUUCUUGAACCGACGAAGAAGUCGGAGAAAGGCGAGGGUUUUGACGUCCUGAAAUCCGGCGAUGCCAGAGUCGCGUUGAUCGGUUUCCCAUCAGUCGGCAAGUCUACUCUGCUCAGUACAUUGACAGCCACCCAGUCAGAGGCUGCGUCUUACGAAUUCACCACCUUGACAUGUAUUCCUGGUGUUAUCGAGUACAAAGGUGCCAAUAUACAAUUGCUGGACCUGCCUGGUAUAAUCGAAGGAGCGGCGCAGGGAAAGGGACGAGGUAGGCAAGUCAUAUCUGUUGCUAGAACAGCGGAUUUAGUACUUAUGAUGUUGGACGCAACUAAGCAGGACGUUCAGCGGCAACUUUUGGAGAAGGAGCUAGAAUCUGUUGGAAUAAGACUCAACAAGAAGAAACCGAAUAUAUAUUUUAAAGUGAAGAAGGGUGGUGGCUUAGCCUUCAAUUCAACGUGUCCCUUGACGAAAGUGGAUGAAAAACUAGUUCAAAUGAUUCUGCAUGAAUAUAAAAUCUUCAAUGCCGAGGUACUGUUUCGCGAGGAUUACAGCGCGGACGAGCUAAUCGAUGUUAUUAACGCAAACCGAGUGUAUUUGCCCUGCCUUUAUGUAUAUAAUAAAAUAGAUCAAAUAUCGAUAGAGGAAGUCGAUCGGAUCGCUAGGCAACCUAAUAGUGUCGUAGUUAGUUGUAAUAUGAAGUUGAAUCUUGAUUUCCUGUUGGAAAUACUUUGGGAAUACUUGUCCUUGAUAAGAGUGUACACAAAAAAACCUGGGCAACCACCCGACUUUGAUGAUGGUUUAAUAUUGAGGAAAGGAGUGACGGUAGAACAUGUAUGUCAUGCAAUUCACCGUAGUCUUGCCCAACAAUUUAAAUACGCUCUUGUAUGGGGCACAAGUACCAAGUAUUCGCCUCAGCGAGUAGGACUACAGCAUGUGAUGCACGAUGAAGACGUUGUACAAAUAAUGAAAAAAUAAAUUUUGACAAAAAUUUACAAAAUCGUAAGGAAAUGUGAAUAGCAAUAUAGGCCUUACUUAGCCUUUUAUGUACAACAAAAAUAAGUGAGCAAACUACUACAUCAACAAAACUGUGAAAUUCUACAGUUUAGGACGAAUGUAUUUGAAUUACCUAUUUUAAGAAGCUUGUGGUUUGCAGAUCUUGUUCCAAUAAAAUUUGUAAGAAUAAAUGUGUAACUCUUA